AUGUCUUCAGGCAACAACACAUCCCUUGUUGCCCCUUCGAACAAUGAAUUCAUGAGACUUUUGGAUCAACUUCAAGUUGCACGUUUCAGUAUAUUUUCAUUUGUGUGGGUGCUAGGCAUCUGGGGAAACGUGAUGGUCAUCACAACCAUAUGUACCACGAAAAGAUUGCGUUCCUCGAGUAACUAUUUCAUCGCUAAUCUCGCUGUGGCUGAUAUGGGCGCAUUGUGCAUCUCGGUGCCAAUGGCGGUGAUAGGGCAGGUUACAGACUGGCCUUUCGGUGAAAUUGGUUGCCGAUUCCUAAAUCCCCUAAAAGAUCUAUUCCUACAUGUGUCCUUCAUCACUCUAACUGCGAUCGCGAUAGAUCGGUAUAUCCAUAUAGCUCACCCAUUUAAACCUCAUAUUUCCAUAUACAAAGUCAAGCUUAUCAUUGCAUUAAUAUGGCUGGUCGAUUACUUAUUAGUACCGUUACCUAUGGGUUUUGUAAUGAAAGUGGACAGGCAUCCAAAUGGUUAUAAUGUUUGCAUGACCAAGUGGCCACCGAAGGGUCGGAAAAUUUCAAUUCUAGUACUAUCUGGAUUUGUGUUUUUAUCAGUAUUCACGACAGCUUUGGCGUAUCUAGGCGUUGGGGUUGCCAUGUUUAGACAGCGAGGGAGGAUUAAAAAGAGAGCCCAAGGGCAAGGAGCGGCCACGCAGGAAAAAGCGUUGAGGCGCCAAUUGGAGAAGAAUGCCAAAACGGUGAAACUUAUGAUUGUAAUUGUGUUGGUAUUUUGGUUGACAGUUUUACCCUUGACGGUCUUUGGAUUGCUACUGGAGUUAAAAGUUUUAAAGUUAACAACAUCUGAAUACGUGAUAUCCUUAUUCAUCGUGCUACAUUUACUGUUUCUACAGCAUUGUGCGAAUCCUAUAAUACUAUAUGUACUUUGUAAAGAAAUGCGCGCUGGUUUUGCCGUGUGUGUACAAGGUUGCUGUGGCAAUAAGAAAUAUGAAGGAUCUCCGAGGAGGUGUAGUAGCACACAAAUGAGGAAGGAUAGUAUGCCCACAAAGCCUGAGCAACAAUCGGUAUAUCUGGCUGUGAAUGGGAUCACGAAAAUGUAUAGUAUCAAUCAUGAUAACAAACGAGGACCAAGUGUUCAGGUGUAG